AUGGAUCUUCCUGGCCCCGGCGGUCCUCGCCGUCGCCAUCUUGACCUCGCCGACGGUCGCGAAGUUGUCUUUUGCCACAACUGCAACCACGAGUGGUACAACGACGAGCACGGCCUGCAGUGUCCUCGCUGCCAUAGCGAUGUCUGCGAGAUAAUAUCCGCUGACAACGAUCCUCGCGAUGUCACACCCGAGUCUCCCGACAGCGAUAUCCUCCGCGGCAGUCACUUUGGUCCCCACGACUUUGGUCAUGGUCACGGCCACACCCACAACCACGACCAUGAUCACUUCUCUGACCCAGGCGAAGAUGAUAUAGAGGAUUAUAUGGACCCCCGUGGCCACGUACACAGCGGGCCUGGGGGCUUCAUGUGGUCACAGAGGACAUAUCGCAGCCCCGACAGAGAGCAAGACACCCCUGGUGGGAACCCCCGCCACCCUCGCCCAGUCGACCCCAGUAGCGAACAAGAGAUUUUCCAGCGAUUUCAGGAGACUAUCGACAUGCUUACUGGUCUGCCCUUUGGCCCACCUGGCAGACGCGCCGCUCCUCCACCGGAUGGUGCGCCCGGCGCAGCCGGGCCUGGCAUGCGCACCACAACGUACCGCAGCCCAUCGGGUCAUACCAGUUUUACCAUAACCACUGGAGCUAUGCCGCUUCGAGGAGUCGACCAUGAUGAUGGCUUCGAUAUGUACGCUCGUCCCCCUGAUGACCGUUUGCCCAGGUCCCCAGUGGUUACGCUCAUCGCUUUGCGCUCCAACACUAAUCCCCCUUCCAGAACAUUCAGCAACUUCAUGGGCGGUGGAGGAAUCCAGCCUCCGAGGGCACAGAACCCCGGUCUUGUUGGUGGUCUUGGUGACAUCUUUUCCCUUCUUCUCGGCCCAGGAGGCCCAAACGCUGCCCAUGGUGAUGCGGUGUACACCCAGGAGGGUCUCGACCGGAUCAUCACGCAGCUCAUGGAAGCCAACCCUCAGUCCAAUGCCGCACCACCCGCAUCUGAGUCGGCUAUCGAGAAGCUGGAAAAGAAGAAGUUGGAUCGGCAGAUGAUGGGCGAUGGUGCAAAGGUGGAGUGCACUAUCUGCAUAGACGAGAUGCACCUGGGGGACGAGGUGACGGUUCUGCCAUGUAAGCACUGGUUCCACGGCGAAUGCGUGGUUUUAUGGCUGAAGGAGCACAACACGUGCCCAAUAUGUCGUGCGCCCAUCGAAAAGCGAGGCGAGAACAGCGCUGGUGGCAACAAUGGGAACGGAGGCAGCGGCGCUGGCGAUGACUCUGGCAACCAUCAGCAGCGUCGAACCCCAGGAGCACGCCUUGGCUCCUUUGGCGCCCUAUUUGGUGGCGAUCCCUGGUCACCACAGGGCGGAUCAGGGUCUUCUGCACCCUCGGGCUCGCAGCAACACAACACGCGGGGUGCCCGAACUCCUGAGGAUAGGGAGCGACGCCUGAACUCAAUCAGAAAUCUGGCGGGGCCAUCGAGCUAUGGAAGUUGGAUCAGGGACCGCAUCUCUGGCAACAGCGGCAAUACCGGUGGGCACAAUAAUGGACGACGUCGUUCCUAG